AUGGAAGGUGGCGGCUGGGCAGUCGGAGGCCACGUUCUUGGCGCCGCCCAGGAACCGCGGGGGCAGCAGCAGCAGCAGCAGCGGGAGCAGGACGAGAAGGAAGCCGGAGCUGCCGCCGAGAGGAAGAAAGGCGGCGGCGGCGGCAUGAAGUUCCGCGUGCGUGCGCGGGCGCCGCACGGCGUCGGGGCGCUGCUGCUCAUCGGCGGAGCGGCCGUCGUCGGGGCCGCCGUCCUCGCGUGGCGCCGCUCGCGCCACGGCAAGAAGGAUGGUGCCGUGGACCAGCCUGAGCGCCGGCUGCCAGCGAAAGAAGAGGUUUUGGAUGGCGGAAUUGUCGAGGAUGGCAAGGUUCAGGGUGACUCAUUGGUGCAGGAGCUUGAUCAGUCCGAUGAGAAGUUGAGCGCGGGCAACACCGAUAUUGGAUCCAGUAGAUUGGAUAGCAACGUCUCAGAGGAAAGCCAUCAGAUUCACAUGGAUGAUGAAAUCACUGCAGAUCAAUUGGAGAGCAAGCAUGUAGAGAAAAUUGAUGAGAAUUCAGGCAGCAAUCCUGUCGAGGUCCAUGAUCUGGAGAGCAAGCAUGAAGAGAAAAUUGAUGAGAUUUCAAGCAGCAAUCCUGUCGAGGUUCACACGCACGAUCUGGACAAAGAAUAUGUCGAAAAAGUUGAGCAGAAGUCAAGCUGCAACCAUGUCGAGAUCACUGCACAUGAUAUGGUUAGUUCUUGUUUGGACAAUGAACAUGUUGAGAAAAUUCACGUUCAAGGAAUUGAUCAGAGUUCGAGCAGGAACCCUGUCGAGAUCAUCAUGCAGGAAAUGGUCAAUGUUUGUUUGGUUAGUGGAAGUGUGGAGAAGGUUGAAAAGGACUCAAGCAAGGACAUCGAGAAAGAGAUAGCCCAAAAAGAUAAUGAAGAUAUGGAGGCUUCUGAUCAAAGCAAACUCUGCAUCAAAGGUCCAGGGAUCAUCCUCAGUAAACAUAAUGAUGAGAGUGAUGGUACUCAAGAGGCUGAAUCAAUGGAGAACACGCCGACGGCACAGUUGAUGAUGCAUCAAGACCAACUCUUAGAUGACAUGGUUACUGAUACUGUUACAGAAACAGAAGAUACUGUUGCAGACACAGAAGAUAUUGUUACAGAAACAGAAGAAGCAAAGCAAGGUGAAAGAACAAUCACAGACAAGGGUGAGCUCGAGCAGGACGAAAAGAAAGAUCUGGUAGGACCAGCACUGUCAUCACUGGUUAAGCCCAUAGUGAAGAAAGAGCCAGAGUUUCCAAGACCCAACGAGACAGGGAUGAAGAUAGAGCAAGAUUAUACUAACGGUGAGCUAAGCAGGGAGCAUACUGACCUGAUCAGCAAAGGAGGAGCAAUGCAGGGAGAAGGUGACAUGGCGACCAUGGAUUGCAGGAGUUCUGCUCUGGUCGUUAUAGCUCUAAUACUCGCACUGGCCAUGGGAAUAACAAUCAUCGUGCGCUUAUACGCCCCUUCCCGAGCAACAAAACUCCAGAUGGAUCUGCCAUAA